AUUAAAAAAACUGGUUUGCGGUACAAAUUAGAAUGCUUGGAUAGGUUAUGUUGUGCAACGAGAUACCCUCCGGGGAUUCGAUCCGGCGACCUAGUGGCUAUCAAUUGAAAAGGUACGUGCAAAACUUUGCUUCGUUUCAGUCCUCUGUAAAAGUAAUUUUAACGAUAUGGUGUCUCUUCGAAACGAGGUACGCAAAAAGCGUCGAGCCGCUGAGAAUAAACUUGUACAGGUUUCACAGGGCUUCCUUCAGCCAAUAGAAAAAAUAAAUUAUACAGAACAUCCCAGAAGUAAUAUCUCCGUCAGGGUUUCAAAUGAUACAGAUGGCAAUGGUUUAGCAGUUAAAAUCGAAGAAACUAGGGUUUGUACUGAGGGAAAUGCUGGGUUUUGUUCAGACGAAAGUGCCAGGGUUUGUACAGAUGAGGGUUCUAGGAUUUGUACGGAUGAAGAUAAUGGGGUUUGUACAAAUGAGAAUUCUAGGUUUUGUGCAAAUGGUAGUUCUAGGGUUUCUGCAAGUGAAAAUGGUGCGGCGCAGCUUUUGACACCGAAGGAAGAGAAAGAAGAAGAAUUUAGGGUUUCCAUUGAGAGGGAUGAUAGUGCGUUUGAGGGUUUGACGAAGAAGGCGAAAAUGCAAUCACCCCGUUCUGGCGAGGAUGAGGAUGAGGAUAAUGUUCCUAUUAUUAAGAGUCUGAUGCGUAGUAAAAAGGAUGAAGACGAUGAUAAUACUCCUAUUAGUAGGAGUCUGAUCCGUGAUAAAAAGGACGAGGAUGAGGAUAAUGUUCCUAUCAGUAGGAUGCUGACCCGUAAUAGAAAGGGGGAUGUUCUUAAGAAUCAACAACCGUGUCUUGAAAAUCAUGGUUAUGGUGAAAUUCCUUUGGAAAAUCUGUCGCCUGUUAAUUAUAAUUUGCCUGGCAGGGGUAAGGAUGUGUUGGUGGAGCAGCAGGACAAUGGUCAGAAGAUAAAAAGGGUUAUCCGUCGAAGUGAUAAUAAUAACAUUGAUGAUUCUUCUCAAAAGAAUGUGCUUUCCGGAGGUAAGGAUGUGAAGGUAUUGCAACAGGAUAAGAGUCGGAAGAAAAAUAAGCCUAUUCUUCGAAGUGAUAAUAAUAGUAGCAACAUUGCUGCCUCGCAAGGGGAUGUGCCUGCCGGAGUUGAGGAUGAAAAGACUGAUAAGGAGUAUAAGAUUCAGAAGGGAAUGAAGCCCAUUCGUCAAAGUGAUAAUGGUAACAGCGAUGUUCCCUCACAAGUUGAUGCCGCUGCCAGAGCUAAAGAUGUGGAAGUAGAGAAGAAGGAUAAGGUUUGGGAGAAAAACCAGCCUAAUCUUUUGAUUGAUGAUGAUAAUUUUGAUGUUCCUUUGCAAAGCAUGAUGCGCUCCAGAAAUAAGGAUGCAAAGAUGGAGCGGAAGAAUAAGGGUCAUAAGAAAAACCUGAAUGUUUCAAUAAAUGAUAAUGACGAUGGUAGCAUUCCUUCAAACAAUGCCACACCUGUUGAAGAUGUUUUGGCUCAUGGAGGUAAGGAUGUGAUGGUCGGCAAUCUGGAUGAGGGUCUGGUUAAAAAGCAGAUUGUUCUCGAAAAUGAUAAAAAUAAUGGUGAUAUUAUUUCACAAAAUGAUUCAACUGCUAAAGAAACUGUGUUUGGGGGAGGUAAGAAUGCAAAGAUUGAGGAGAAAGAUAAGGGUUGUGAUUUAAGAAGGGCUUCAAAGUUCCAAGAAGGAGAUAUGGUCUGGGCAAAGGUGAAGUCUCAUCCCUGGUGGCCUGGGCAGGUGUAUAAUCCUAUUUUUGCUGCGCCAAAAGCCCGGAAGCUGAAGCCGGAUCAUAUUUUAAUUGCCUUCUUUGGAGACAGCAGCUACGGAUGGUUUCUCGAAUCAGACCUGGUGCCAUUUGAACAAAAUUAUGUGGAGAAAUCGAAGCAGUCAACGCAACGGGGUUUUACCAAGGCUGUUGAGGAGGCUGUGGAUGAGAUAAGCAGGCGAGCAGCACUGGGAUUGAUGUGUGUUUGCCGCAAUGGUGAUGCAUUCAGGCCAAGGAAGCAGGAGGGUUAUGUGAAUGUUGAUGUACAGGGUUAUGUGAACCCGGGUUUAUAUUCAUUCAGGCAAAUCAAGGUGGCGAAAAAUGCUUUCAAGCCUGCAGAUAUGCUUUCUUUUGUUAGGAAUUUAGCAGUGUUGCCAGGUAGUGGCGAAGUGAAGUGCAUUUCAGGGAUCAAGUCUGUUGCUGAAGUGCUUGCUUAUCGAGUGGCAACAUUUGUUUCAAUAAAUGAGGAUUAUCAGUCUGCUUUGCGAAUUACAGAGAGCACAGCUUAUUUUGGUGCAGAUGCUCAGGAUCAAUGCGAGUCGGAAUCUGUAGUUGGCUACACUGAUGUCACAGCUGAAACUGCUCCGGUGGAUGAAAAAAAAGAAAUUUCAAUGCAUGUGAAGGUGAAGGACCUUGCAAGAAGGUCCAUUUUGCUGGGAAAAUCUAGUGAUAUGGAAGAUAGCUAUUUUCUCAAACGGCGAGAGGGUAUUCACAGUCGCAGGUCGAGUACAGGUGAUGAUUUUCUUUAUGUUAUGCAAAAUUCACAAGCCAAUUCAGAAUCUAAAGAUGAAGGAGAUGACUCAGAUUGUAUUGGUAGAUACCUAUUUAAGAAAAGGAUGCAAAAUGAAGAAGCUAAGCCUGCUGAAAGAAAAACAGAAAGGAAAGAUAAAAAGAGGAAUUUUCUUAGAGAGCUUGAUGAUUAUAAAGAAGAAAGGGCAAGAAAGAAAGAAGUUGUGAGGAAGGCUUUUCACAUGAAACCCCUGGACAGAGAGAAGGAAUCAAUUAAGUCUAUUUUUUCAAUGGAAUUGUGUGAAACAGAAGAGUUCACUAAAGGUGAUAUUCCAGAGGCUCAAGUAAGAAAAGAUUUUUACGUGAGAUCCAUCAAUGAAGGGGAAGAAACACAGAUGUCUACUGUUUCAAAGAAGACAGGUCAGGUACAAGAGUUGAAUGAUCUCUGUAAUCCUGAUGUUGGGAUGUCCAAUGUUAGUCCGAUUUCAGGGAAUAAUCAGGUGUCAAAUGAUUUGCGCUGCAUAAAUGAUCUUGUAGGAAGUCAUGAUGCUCAAGUCGAAUGUGAAUUGAAGCCAAUUAAAUUUUGCCACCAAAAAAAUGACAAAAAACCUGUUGAGAAUAAAAACAAUUUUAUCAGCAAUAUUAGUUCUGGCAGCUUAGUUGAAGAGAAAUGCACGGGUUCUGACAAAUCAUUGGAAGGGGAGCACCAGAUGGGUCCUACAAUAUUAUGUGAUGAGAUAGAUCAUAGGGAGAAUAUCUUGGAAGGAGCACCAAUAUCUAGUGUUAAAGAACCUUCAGAUCAAUUGAAGUUUCAAGAUACUGAUUCCAGAGAUGCAUUAAGAGAACAACAGGUGGUGCAGGCAAGUUUGAUGGAUCUUCACAAGGAGUCAUUCAUUGAAAAUGAACUUGAACAUGGGAAUGAAGUAUUGAUUGCAGCUAUAAGAACCCCUAAACUUGAGCCUGCUGCUUUGGAAAGUAGUAGUAGUGCAGAAUUUCACAGCAGAAAAGUUUUUCAGAGUGUGGAUCUUUCGGCCUGUAACACUUUACCUACUAGUAAGGGUCAGACAGAAAACAAAACAGAAAAUGCACUUGAUAAUGCUGGCAGCAGUGAAUUUGAUGGUAUACUCUCUGUUAAUCCUAUUAAACCAAUAAUCUUGAAGUCUGAAGGAUCGGACAAUAGCUUUGAUAAAAGUGGUGCAAAGGUUGAAAAUAUCAAACUUCAUACUGAAGCAGGGAAGACUUCCAAUCAGCUGUCUGCAUCUUUGGCAGAUGCUUCAAUGGAUCUUACUGACGCUGGUCACAAUUUCACUUCAAGUUUAGCAUUGGGCAAUUUAGAUCAUGCAGCUAUCAAGAAGACAAAAGGCUUUAAGAGACUUGUGAAAUUUGCAAAAUCUUCAGCUUCUAAAGAAACCCGUAAUAGGAAGGUUAAACCAAUUAAAAGAAUUUCUAACAAUGAUACACACUUGUUUGAUGACUUAGAACCACCUGAGAAGCAAUGUAAAGUUUCUGAGACCAUUGAACGGAAAUCAGAAGUUCUCAAGGAUUUGACAUCAGCCAUAGACCCAGAUAAAUCAACUGCUUUGGAUUAUGGAAUGGCUACAUCGGCGGAUGGCAAUCAAAUAGUCUCCGCUGUAUCACCUGAUCAGUCUGAAGAUAAUAAAAUAACCUGCAAAGAAGUGUGUUCUGAAGAGUCAAGAUUUUGUAUUCUUGAGAUCAUGAAUGAUUUGCUAUCCCUUGCACUGAAUCCUUUUUAUGGGAUUGAGAGAGACUGCCCAUCAAAGGUAUCUCUAGUCUUUUUAAAGUUCAGAUCUUUGGUUUAUCAAAAAAGUCUGACAUCAAUAUCAUCUUCAGCAGCAUCUAAAAACUUGCCUUCAUUACAUGAGAUUGAAUCUGACCUGGAGACUAAAAAAAUUUCUGGUCUAAAAGAGUCUAAUAUUAAGCAUCAUAAUGUUGAGGAUGGUGUGGAUAAUGGAAAUGCUGAUUUGGAAUCAAAUGAAAUUGUUCCUCAAACAAGUGCCAAGAUGGAGCACUCUGCUUCUCCAGUUCUGAAAACAGGUAAAAAUCAGACACCUGAUGCAAAUGCUAACAAGAAACGGAAGCUUGAAAUCAAGUCAGAUGGUUUGAGCUUGAGGAAGAGGUUGAAAAAGCUAAAAGAUCUGGAUUCUGCACCAUCAAAGAAAUCAAAUUUGACAUCUAUUGUCCUGAAAUCAUCAGGUGUUUUGAAAGAGAAUGAAUCAGUGCAACAGCCAAAAGUGUCAAAGAAAUCUUACUUUGACAGGCCAUCAAGUUCUUCUAAAUCUCUUGAAGUGCCAAUGGCACUUUGCAUGAAAUUCCCACGAGGUUUUGCACUGCCCUCAGAAGUGCAGUUGAAAGUGAGGUUUGCACGUUUUGGCCCAUUGGAUGUUUCAGGAACAAGGAUAUAUUGUAAAUCAGGUUCUGCUCAGGUUGUAUUCAAACACAGCUCUGAUGCAGAAACAGCCUACAAAUAUGCUACCGAAAAUAAUUUGUUUGGCCAAGCAGAUGUCAACUUUUGGCUAAAACAAAAUCUUCAACCUAAGAAGGAAACUUCAGUAUUACAGUUUGCCACUGAGUUGACUAGAUUGCCAAGAGUAAGGAACGAUGAAGUGCCUUCAUUAAUGGCAGCCGUGGGGCAAGAAGAUUUUUCCUCAUCGAGAUCACUGGAUAAAUAUGGGACUGCAGAAGCUGUGGUAGAGGGUACACCUAAGUUGGCACUUCAAUUACAACCUGUAGUUCAGUUGAAGUCCUGCUUGAAGAGGCCAGAUGAAUAUGCAGUUGAUAGUGGUAAAGAAACAAACCGAGUUACAUUUCUGUUAGGUAGAGAGGAACCCAAUCUUGCACCAGAGACUUACACGGAAGAACCUUUUCAAAUAGAAAAUGUAUGCCUACCUUCCAGUACGUUCCUUCCCGUUGAGAGUAACGGAAUUGUCAAUCCACCCAUUGAGAUUAAGGCAAUGGAAUCUGAUCUUCCAAACAUAUCACAUCAGAUGUUGUACCUUUUGAUGAAAUGCAAUGAUAUAGUAACUGAUAUUGGUCGCUCGUUGGGAUACAUGCCAUAUUGCCCUCUCUGAGCUGAUAAGGAUGUUACUUUUAUCUCAUUGUGAGUUCUUCAAGAGCUGUUUGCUUCCUGAAAGUUGCUCAUAUUCUUCUUCUUAUGUUGUCUGGUGAAAGAAUUGAUUUUGUUCCUUCUCACUAUUAUUUUUUGCCAAAAACCUGGCAUGAAGAUUCUGUUCCCAAAUCAUUGUGUCCAUAGGAGGUGCAACUUGGGGUCCCCUUUCGCUUGCAUCUGAUUUCUACUUAUUUUCUUACUUGCCUUGCAGACAUAUUGCUUAGUCUUCUACAGGUGUAUUGUUGUGUUCUGAUAAUGCAAUUCCUGUCUGCCUGUCUUAUCUCAUAAUGUGUGUGGGUCAAUUACUCAGUGUUAGCUGUGUGGUUAACCGUUAUUUUACUGUUAAAGUUCAUCAUUUCUUAUUCUAAAGCUUUAAUUCUUUCUUGUUGCUAGUAAAAAUAUCACAUGGUUGAAUCUUGUGAUUUUUACCGUGGACGUGAGUUGGUUGUCCAGAUACUUGGAUUCUGUGUCAGACAACUCUCCAGCUUUGCUCAGCAAGAAUGCUAUUUGUUGUUGUACACUUACAACAUGUGGUAACGUCUCUGUCAAGCAUUGUUGUAGUACCAUCAUAUUUUGCAAUGAUGGGUCAUAUAAAAUCAUUUCUAAUGUAAUUCAAAAAUUUCCAGCCAAAUAUCCAUAAACUGGUACUUAAGCUAGUGCAGUGUAGAAGUCCAUUCAUGCAUAUGUAGUUGACAUCUUGUCUUCUUUAGGGAAUUGCAGUUACAACAAGUAACCUUUGCAUAAAACAUGCCAUUCAUUUGUAACUAACAUGCAGUGCGAUGGUUGGACAUUUUUCUCCAGUUCUGUACCAUUACAUUUUUUGUAAUACUGUAGAAUAUUAUGUCAAUAAAUAAUGAGUUACAUUAUGCUAA